UCCUUGUUUGGUUUUGGUAAUGCGAGUUUGAAAGAAGUUCCUUGGGUUGAUCAACUUUUCAGGGCUCAAUUCUUCAUCUGGAAAACGUGUUGUGAGCAGGGACGUUGGAUUACUAAUCCAAAUAUUCAAAAUUUAAUUAAUAUGGCCGAGGAUAUUGAGAGGCAAGUUCCCAAGAAUGAUGGCAUUAAUGGUUCAGAACAAGAGAUCGCAAGAAUACAAAUGGCAAUCCAAGAUGAUCAUCUGAUGACCAUAAAAUAUUGGAGGUUGAUGUUCUAUUGGGAUGUGAUCCUUUUAGUGUUUUGCGUAGUUGCAGUAGCAGUGGAUCCUUUGUUCUUAUAUCUUCCUGUGAUCAACGAGGCUACCAAAUGCAUUACUAUGGAUAGCACUUUACAAAUCAUGUUUAUUUGUGUGAGAUCGUCCAUGGAUUUGGUUGCUUGGUGUAUGUUUGCUGCUGGGCCAAGAGCAAGAAAAGGUUAUUACACGUGGGUAGACCACGUAAUUAACACUCUCAGCGUUCUUCCCGUCGCCCAGGUGCUAGUGCCAAGAAUUUCUAAAAUGAACGGUUCAAAACUCCGGAUUCUAAGGAAAUUCCUGAAUGCAACUGUUCUGUUGCAAUAUGUGCCAAGAAUUUUACGUAUCUACAGAUUGUGGAUAUUAAUAGUCAACGAGACUAUCAUCAGACGUACUCAUAAAAUUAUCCCAAAUAAUAGUGUUGAAGUGAAUGCAGAAAGCAACAAGAAUACGAUCCCGCUCAAAGGUUUUAUAGUGAUGAAAGCUGGAUUCAACCUUUUGCUGUAUCUCGUUGCCAGUCAUGUACGUUAAUUUCAUCAUUACCAUCGUACAAAUCUAUAUAUC